GGAAGCUAUAGUUCAUGAAAGUAUUGAACCUUAGUACGGGUUUCCCAUUAGCCAGCGCCCAGCGGACAACCCAGAGGGCAGAGAUCCAUUCCCGUGCAUAAUACACCUCUCUUUAUUCCCAUCCAUUAUUUGUCUAUUUUCACAUGGAUUUAUGGGGACAGUAUUUCGGUGGUUUUCUGGGGAAAGUGCAGUAGUGAAGUUUACUAGAGACGGUAUCUACCAGCUCGCCGGGACAGCCCAGUGAGCCCCGGAAGCAGCGUAAAUUAGACUUUAUGAGAUGGCGAUUCGCCUUAAAAUUUGGGAUUCCGAGCCACCGAAACCCAUAGUUAGUGCUAUGGACCUUCCGCCUUUGGAACAAACAAAGAACACCGGAUCGCUGGUGGUCGCUCACAUUUGCGAUUCGACCUGUUCAACGGCGGAUGGAUCGAUCAGUUUUUCGUUGCAGUUGCUUUCCCACUUCUCGGCCUACUGCAGGUACCAAUGCGGAGAAACUGUGUAUGUGCCGACUCGUCGGAACAACAUCCUGUCGCCCUUGCUUGGAUCGGACUCUUUCGGGCGGUCGGUUACACAAGACGCGCAUAACAUUGCCACAGGUGUCAGGAUUGGAUUUUCUGGGAAAUUCGACUUCAGGCUCUUCCCUCCUCUGUCGCCCACUUUCUCUCGAGAGGCAAAUGUUCAAGUUCUGUUCUGCCUACCUGGGAAUCCACCCGUCCACAUCCAGAACUCUUUCGGGGUGGAUUUGUCUCGCCCACAUGUCGUUUUGAUUUGAUGUUUCCAAUUUCGAAGGUUUGAUUGGCACCCAUCUGCAAGCCUUCAAGUUUUACAUUCCAAUAGUUUGACAUGCGACUCAGUCGAGAUCGCUGCAACAUGCAACUGCCAGCCAUUGUUUGCUCGGCUGACUCAUUAUUGCGUACAUCCGCCCGGCUUUUUGUGCGCCGACAUGUGAGCCCAUAUGCACCAGGCAAAUCAACGUAAGCC